AUGCCGUACCACACGAAACUACCUAGCGACCUCAAUGACGUGGACGUGAUCAUCGCAGGAGGCGGUCUCGCGGGCUGUGUCGUAGCAGGACGUCUCGCCGAAGCAGACAAGAACCUUAAAAUCCUCGUGAUCGAACAAGGACCAAACAAUUAUGGCAUGCCCGAGGUCGUUCAUCCAGCUCUGUACCCACGCAACCUCUUUCCAACGAGCAAGAUCACUCUAUUCUGGCAUGGCAAUGAGUCGGAGCAACUGGCAGGCCGGAAGCCCAUCGUGCCUUCGGGUGGAACACUCGGUGGCGGAAGUGCAAUGAACUGGAUGGUAUACACUCGAGCCCAGCGAAGCGACUUCGACAGCUGGAAGUGUCCCGGUUGGAGCGCAGAUGAGAUGCUGCCAUUCUUGAAGAAGCUCGAAACCUACCAUGGCAAAGGCGACAAAGACCGUCACGGCGACAGCGGACCCAUCAAUGUAUCCAAGGGCACUUACACCUGCUCUCGCUCCGAAAACGCCUUCGUCGAAUCUGCAGCAGCGCUUGGAUAUCCAGAAGUUCAAGAUCUUCAGAAUCUGGACAAUAAUAAUGCUGUAGAGCGAUACUACAGAUAUGUUGGACCGAAUGGCAGACGCCAAGACGCUGCACAUCGGUACUUGCAUCCAAAGUUGCAAGGAAACGAGUACCCGAACUUGCACGUUUUGACCGAGAAGCAGGUGUUGCGUGUUAUGUUCGAUGGCAAAAAAGCAACUGGCGUGGAGUACCAGACCAACCCGAAGUUUAUGGCGAAUCCAGAGUACCUCGAUAUCGGAUACGUAUCUCCUAGGGUCGUGAAGGCACGAAAGAUGGUCAUCGUCUCUGCCGGUGCGAAUGCUACGCCAGGUAUCUUGGAGAGAUCCGGAGUCGGCGGCGCUGAGGUCUUAAAGAAGGCUGGCGUGGAAGUUGUCGAAGAUCUUCCAGGUGUUGGAUCGGACUACCAAGAUCAUCAUCUCUCAUUGUGGUCAUACCGAACGAACCUCGCGCCGAGAGAGUGCAUCAACGGCUUCCAGGACGGAAGGUUCAACAUUGAAGAAGCCAUUAGGAUGAACGAUGAGUUGCUUGGUACCAACGCAAUGGACGGACAGGGAAAGUUCCGUCCUACUGAAGAAGAGGUCGACGCGCUGGGACCAGAGUUUCGAAAGGCUUGGGAUCGAGAUUUCAAGGACGUCCCAGACCGUCCUUUGAUGAUCCUCGCUCUCUACAACUGCUUUUACGGCGACCACAGCAUGCUGCCCGAUGAUGCAGAGUACGUCUCUCAAGCCAACUGGACGGGCUACCCCUUCAGCCGCGGCCACAUCCACAUCACCGGCAAGACGAUGGCUGAUCGUCCCGAUUUCGAGACCGGCUGGCUCAAAGACCAAGGCGAUAACGAUGUGAAGAAACACAUCUGGGCCUACAAACUCUCACGGGAGAUGUGGCGCCGCAUGCCAAUUUUCCGCGGCGAGCUCGCCAUGACGCAUCCACGCUUCCCAGAAGGCUCGAAAGCUGCCGUCGUUGAGAAGGCCGAUGGACCGAUUGCGAAGGGUGAUGAGAGGAUUGAGUACUCCGAGGAAGAUAACAAGGCGAUUGAACAGAGGGUCCGAGAGAUUUUGUCGACGACUUGGCAUUCGCUCGGAACGUGCAAGAUGGCUCCGAAGGAGAAAAAUGGCGUUGUUGACGAGAAGCUGAGUGUUCACGGCCUGGAAAAUCUUAAGUUGGCUGAUUUGUCGAUCCCGCCAGAGAAUGUGGGAGCGAAUACUGGUGGCACGGCGUUCGUGAUUGGUGAGCGGGCUGCUGAUUUGUUCAUCAAAGAGCUGGGCAUUGAGGAGAGGCAGGAUUCUCCUACGAGAGCAAAUUGA